CCCCCCACCCCCCCCAUUCGCCGUUGUUAUGAAGACGCCGUCACUGCUCUCUUAACAUGGAAGGAUCCAGCGGGUCGAGUUUCGGGAUCGACACUAUUUUGUCCGGCGCCUCGAACUCUGGCAACCCGGCGCUGAUGAGCGGAGACUUCCGCCUGGGCGACGGCCGGACGGCGGACUUCCGGAGCCAGGCGACCCCCUCGCCAUGCUCGGAGAUAGACACCGUGGGGACGGGCCCCUCGUCCCCCGUCUCGGUCACCAUGGAGCACGGCGCCGAGGCGCACCUGGCGCCGGACAGCCUCCAGCACCACCACCACCACCACCACCACCAGCACCACCACGGCAGCAGCAACCAGCCGCUGUCGCCGCAGCAGCUGCAGCCGCUCGCCGGGGCCGGGGCCGGCGCCGGCUGCGCGCCGAGGACCGCCACCUCCUCGUUCCUAAUCAAAGACAUUCUGGGCGACAGCAAGCCGCUGGCCGCCUGCGCACCUUACAGCACCAGCGUGUCCUCGCCCCACCACACGCCCAAACCCGAAAGUGCCUCGGCUCCGGACGGCUUCAGGCCCAAGCUGGAGCAGGACGAGGGCAGGGGCAAGCUGGACCGACGGGACGACAUCCAGAGCGACAUGAAAUGCAACGAAGAUGGAGACCGGGAAAUCUCCAGUAGCAGAGACAGUCCGCCGGCGCGCACGAAAAAGCCGCGCAAGGCGCGCACCGCCUUCACCGACCACCAGCUCAACCAGCUGGAGAGGAGCUUCGAGCGACAGAAAUACCUCAGCGUGCAGGACCGCAUGGACCUGGCCGCGGCCCUCAACCUGACCGACACGCAGGUCAAGACCUGGUACCAAAACAGACGGACGAAGUGGAAGAGGCAAACGGCGGUCGGCCUGGAGCUGCUGGCCGAGGCGGGGAACUACUCGGCCCUGCAGAGAAUGUUCCCGUCGCCGUACUUCUACCACCCGAGUCUGCUCGGCACCGUGGACAGCACGACGGCGGCCGCGGCCGCCGCGGCCAUGUACAGCAGCAUGUACCGGACUCCUGCCGCGCCGCACCCCGGCCUCCAGAGACCUCUGGUCCCGCGGGUGCUCAUUCACGGCCUCGGGCCGGGGGGGCAGCCCGCGCUGAACCCCCUGUCCAACCCCAUGUCCGGCACACCGCAUCCGCGGUAAAGACAACAAAACUAAAAACAACAAAGACACACAAAAAAAGGACGAUGUCCAGAAAAACCUGGUUGGACGCGUGAUGUGAGUAACUGCAUCGGAACCACAUGGCAGGACUAUCCCCCCCCCCCCCCAGAAAGAAAGACACAUUUAAAAAGACAUUUUACAGAGGAGGUAUUUAAUAUAGGCCCAGAUAGCCUGAACCCACGCAGUCCCACGGACUCCCCCGUCCGGACCACGGAGGACUGCUCACGUCUGAUUGUUUGUUUGUUUGUCUUUUGUACAAAUACACUUACGUUAGCGAAUAAACUUAUAAAGUUUAUUAGAUGGAGAAAGAACUGAAUGAAUAAAGAAGUAAUGAUACUAA